CUCUUGUCCCCCUACCCCAUAACUUUUUAUUUCCCCACUGCAGCUGCGUUUCCCCUGAAUUCUUAUUAUUUCAAGGGGAAGAGAACGGAAAUCUACCGUGAUAAUUCCAUGCCCCCCCGUGGAAACAGGAAUUGGUUUGUUCCGACCGCGCCCACUUUGUUUACUAUGCUCCUCCUCCCUCUGCACCACACACCCCCGUCGCUUAGAGGUGGUUUGGCCCAGGAGGUGGGAGGGAGGCGCCUCCGCUCUUGCUGCUGCUCUCGUGACGGGAAGAGAGAAGAAGGCGAAGCGGCCUCUGACAGGACGCUGGGUUUGCUUUUCCCAUCCCAUGGAUGCCAGCCAUCUCUGAAACGAAGACAUCAGUCUGGAAAAUAUCAGUGUGAAUUUUUUUGUUCCCCUGCGUCUGACACUUGUCUACAUUCUCACUAUAAAGGGGAAUUUAACUGGGAGGUGGAAUUAUGUCGUCCCAUCCAAAAAGCUACAAUCCCUUUGAUGAUGACGAUGACGAAGACUUAAAGCCAGUGAAGUGGAAUGAUCGCAGUAAUGAUUGUAAUGAACCUGCUGGGGAAGCUACAGACAGGCAGAGGUACCUGCAGCAAGAGGUCCUGAGGCGAUCCCAGGCCACAGUGGAUAGCACUAACCGGUCACUGUCGCUCAUCUAUGAGUCUGAGCAAGUUGGAGUAGCCGCAUCAGAGGAGCUUACACGACAAGGUGAGGUCCUGAAACGCACCGAACAGAUGGUGGAUAAGAUGGACCAAGAUCUAAAAACCAGUCAGAGACACAUCAACAGCAUUAAGAGCGUGUUUGGCGGCUUUGUCAAUUACUUCAAAGCCAAACCUCCAGAGACCAAGCCUGAGCAGAACGGGGCCGCAGAAUACCAAGCCAGCAACAGAUUAAGAGAAGCCAUAUCUGUCAGCAAAGAGCAGGAGUCCAAAUACCAAGAGAGCCAUCCAAACCUGAGGAAGCUGGAUAACUCAGAUUAUAGUUCCAGUGCAAACAAUACAAAUCCUUCUGUCCAGUCUGAUGGCUACCCCAAGAAUCAACAUCUCCGAGCUUACCACCAGAAGGUUGACAGCAACUUAGACGAAAUGUCCUCUGGCCUGGGCCGUCUCAAGAACCUUGCUCUUGGCUUGCAGACUGAAAUCGAUGAUCAGGAUAGCAUCCUGGGCCGUCUCACCACAAAAGUCGACACACUAGACAUCAACAUUAAGAACACAGACAAAAAAAUCAGGCAGCUUUAAAGAGUUCAAGCCUCCAUCGCCAGGAAAGGACUCGGUGGAUUAUAUGCAGCAGUGUUUUGUCCUGCUGUUGGGAAAAUAACAAUUUUCUUAUGUUGGUAUAUGUGACUGACUCGCCUUGUGAUUAAACCUAACCUUAAGUGCAAUAUGCGAGGUUUAAACCACCUUCUUUAAUGUGUUCGUGCAUUCGGGUGCUUUUCAGUAGUACUUCUGAUUUGAGCUAAAUAUUCCCAUUCUGAGCAAACACUUUCCAGCUUUUUCAGUGUCAUCCUUUUCACUGGCCUUAACUGUGGGGAGCAUUGAUUAGGUUUUGACAGUAGAGUGAGCGUUUAUGUAUGUAGUCAAAUAAAAUAAAAAAUUUAAACCCCA